AUGACGGUACCGCCGUUCGUAAAGUCUUGCACUGUCAAGCUUGUGCUUCCAGCGGCACUGUUAUCAGCUGCAAUAAUCCGUCCGAGUUUUCUAUCCAUCGGAUAUGUGGUCUUCGCGCUGCUCAGUGCCGUUCUGCCACCAGUUCGCAAAAGUUUAGCACUUCCCAAAGUAAUCGGAACCUUCGUCACUAUCAACUUCUUAUUCUGCCUGGCGGUCGCAUUAGGAAUCGGAUCUUAUCAAAUUUCUGAACAAUUUGUGCACAAAAAUGACCGAACCUACAUCUGCAAUCGAUCCGAUACCACUCUUUUCCGAAGCAUCGGUCUCGUCCGUUUCCAUCCAACUGGAACUUUCGAUUCCACUCGUGCAUUCCUUCCCGAAAUCAUUGCUCUCUCCGCUUCCCUUUUCACAUUUAUCCUCGUCAUGUUUCUAUCGCAUCGAGAUGAGCAAUUGGAUGUUGUUGGCGAUGUGGUGACAGUUAGAAGUGAAUCGGGUCGCGAGCAACGUCGUCAGCGAAAAAUGGCAGCUAUCAUGUGGAGUGCAAUUGGAAAUUCUCUACGGCGACUCACAAACUUUGUCCUUUUCCUCUUCACCGCAUACGUCGGAAUCGUCAAACCAUCAGCCAUCAACUUCACCUAUUUCGUCGCAUUUCUCUUCAUUUCCACGUGGUGGGCCACCUACACUCCUCUACGACAUGGAGUUUACAAUCAGAUCAAGAAAUUCCUCAUCUUCUACUCUGCCAUUCACUUUUUAGCCAUUUACACCUAUCAGAUUCCGAUUGUUCAUAAUGAUUGGCUUCCGACUGGAUCCUUCAUCUCCCGUCUGUUUGGUCUCACGACUCUUAUGGAUUCGACAUGUCCAGACUGGUGGAAGUUCCCGUUUGUUCCUCCGGAUUUCAACGAUGACGAUCUGAUUAUGAAGUGGCCGAUAUUCUACUACAUAACUGUCGCCCAGUACAAAUUCACUCGAAACGGAUCUCGCCAGUACAUUGAUGACAACGAUUAUGGGUCAUCAGUACAUGAAGAAGUUAGUGGUUUCCCUGAAUUCUUUCUCUUCGUAUUAGAAUUUAAAAAAAACAAUUUUAUGUGGUUUUCUUUCUCGGUUCAGCGUUUUGUCUCCUCUUCCGGUACUGUCGAAACGAAUGUGGACGACGGCAUCGUCGGGCAGCUCAUCUCGAUUUCUGAGAGCUCUGCGGCUCCUUCAGGCAGAGGACGUGGCAAUACUUUGCUACUAUCCGAUGCCUCCUCUCAAAACGAAGAUGAGGCCCGAUCGCGUUCUCCACAACGAAACGGCGAGGGACAGAACUCCAUUCCACUCAGAAAAGUGACAUCUCAAGUGGUGGAUCGUAACAAGCUGAGCAAUAUUUUCAAUAGUAAGUUCACCAAAAUAAAACUGAGCAAUGCCUCACAAGAUUCAGAACCUGGAGAACAAGAAUCGGCAGCGUCAAAGGGAAUGAUAGCAGUGAUGACGUUUGUGAUCUUUCAUGCCUACUCCAUUGCUCUGGCUGCCAUGAUGACAUGGGCUCUUCUCUAUCACUCGAUCUUCGGAUUAGUCCUUCUGAUUCUCACCUGCAUCCUGUGGAUCUUCCGGGACACUCGAAAGUCCUCCUUCACCAUGGCUCCACUCAUCCUGAUCUACUGUGAAUUCCUCCUUGUUCUUCAAUACUUCCUAAGUAUGGAUAUUCAUCAAGAGAUCGGAGAUCCAGCGUGGAUGGAUUUCGUUGGGAUUAAAUGGGCCACAAUUCCAGUGCAUGCACUCAUCAUUCUAUCUGUACAGACCCUUCUCAGCUUGCCGGUCUUCCUGCUCCUCCGACUGGCUCGUCGUGAAAAGUACUACGAAUCGUUGACAGAUUUUGAACGACAGCGAAGAAUCAACUCGUAUGGAACGUUUGGAGCAUCGAAGACUGGAGCCGGUGGUGUUGCAGUGGCUAAGGAUCCGAAAAGUCGAAAAUUCGCUGCCUUCGUGGAAUAUCUCUCGAACAAAGUCUCCAUCUACUUCAUAUUCCUCGUCUCCUUUGUACUGCUUAUGGUAGCCACCCACUUCAAACCCAAUCUCUACAACAUUUUCUUCUUCGCACUAUGGGCAUUGAACUUGAUUUAUCUCAAAUUCUCGUUCCGGUUGUACCGUGGAUUGGCAUACGCCUUCUGGCUAACACUCACCUUCUAUACAUCGAUUGUGAUCAUCGCACUCUACAUCUAUCAGUUCCCAGGAGUAUCUCAAUGGAUUAUUGAAAAAACGAGUCUGUCGAAAAAGUGGCUUGAUGCGAUCGGACUUGUCGACUACUCAGCGAUUGGAGAAUCUGGCGCCCUAUUCCUACAACUAUUCGCGCCAAUCGCCCUGUUCGUCGUCACAAUGCUUCAACUCAAAUUCUUCCACGAACCAUGGAGCCGUGCGACGUCUCCAAGACGCGCAGAAGACAAUCCACCAACCGAGUCGGCAGUGGCGUCAACUUCAGAAUCAGGAAGAGCCGAUGCAGGACCUUCAUGCCGCUUCCUCUCCUCGAUUUCCAUAAUCUCUCGUUUCCUCCGCUUCUAUUACUUUUCAUCUCGUCAUGGAGACAAAUCGGAUAUCGGCCAAAACGAAAAAGAAUAA